UCCAAAGACUGAAAGACUGGUCUCUUUUGUCAGAUUAGCACAAACUUCCUGCCCCUGAAGUCACGUGACUGGGUGGUGCGUGUGGCGAAGUGCGGAAGGAAACAAGUUCUGUUGAAGCAGCAAUCAGAGAUGAAAACAUUCACGAGCUGCAGGAAAAAUUGACCAGAUCUUCCGUUUUACACACCAAAAGACGCCGGAUCGGGAUGCUCGGAUCAUCCGGCGCUGACAACUCCUGAAGUGUGUAGAGCUGCUGGAGUGAACAGGACAGCCCGGUAAAGCAGGACAGGAGCUCAUCUGUGGUCCAGAUGAAGUGCAUGCUGAUAGCCAGUGAAAGUGCCGAGGUCCUCUUUCACUGGACUGACUUGGAAUUUCAGCAUAAUGUCCAGGAGCAGUAUGGAGCAUCUCAGGAAGAGGGCGAGGGGCUUCCAGCCUUUGAGGACAUCAUCAGCACUCUGUUCGCUCCCAUCAUUAUCUCCUGUAGCACCAUGGUGGAUAGGCAGGGUGACAGCUACACCUCCUUCACCACAGAGAACAAACACAUCUACGUACUACACCAGUUUGAUGAGUGUCUCUACAUUGCUGUGAAUGGAGAUGGUGAGGAGAAGGAGGACGAUCUGAGGAGGAAAAUAUAUGUGAUGAAAAAGAUGAUUGAGGUCAUGUUUGGCAUGGUCACCCUCAGUGGGAACCUCCUGAGAAAAGAAUUGCGUCCUCAGGACACGGAGCAGAGGGCAAGGCUGUGGAAACAUCUCCAGAGCCUCCUGGAAACCUACAGCCAGCUCAGAGAGAAUGACCAGAGCUUUUUAGUGGAGGCAGUGGAGAGGUUAAUCCACCCCACACUGUGUGAACAGUGCAUUGAGUUCCUGGAGCGCCGUUUAGUUCAGCAGCUCAACAACAGUGGAGAGAAAGCAAGAGAGGAAGUGCUGCAUGCCUUCAUCCUGGUUCACACCAAACUGUUGGCUUUCUAUUCUAGCCGCAAUGCCAGUACACUCACCACCUCAGACCUCCUGGCACUCAUCAUUAUGGCACAGAAUAUGUAUCCUAGUAACGUAGAUCAGGAUGAUCUGAGUCCUGAGGAUGUUGAGAGCACAUCUGGUUCUGGUCCUGAGAGUUUUUAUACCCCAGAACCUUCUCCUUCCAGCAGAGACUCAAGUAGCUCAGCAGAGAAGCCUUGCAGAGGAAGCACUCCCGUGUUUGAGUUUGUGGACCCAGACAUCCAGAUGGCAGAAGACAGCUUGCAUACUCUCGAAGUUUGUCCACCUGACCCAUCAACCCCUCGCAGAGUCUUCCUUGAGGUCUCACUUAAAGAGGGGCUGUGUCCCAUGAUGCCUCACUCCAUGUACUGUCUCCCACUGUGGCCUGGAAUCACACUAGUGCUGCUAACGAAGAUUCCCACUAGUGGAGUGGCCAUGUCAGUGUAUAAGUUUCUGGAGGCCUUUGCUAAGCUGGAAAAUCGUUUAAAAGAAGCCCAAGGAGGUUCUGCUGUGGCGAGAAGUCAGCUGAAUUUACAAGACGUCCGAAGUAAACUGGACAAAUUCAUUAAAGCCUUGGAGCCUAGUGAGUUACAGCAUGCACAGUUAAAAAAUGUCUGGACAGAGUUCAAGAACCGAGCCUUCACCAGAGGAGGACCGGGGUUCAACAAGGAUCUUAUCCCAUGGUGUAAGAAUAUGAAGACCCAGCUGUGUGGCAUAUACCGGCAGUGUUUUCUAACUGACUCUGGACCAGCUGACAUUUCUCAGCGCCUCCCCCCUGCUCUGCAGGAACGAGCCCAGGCUAUGAUCCAAGAGAAACUGAUGGACUGGAAGGAUUUCCUGUUGGUGAAAAGCAAGAGGAACAUCACCAUGGUGUCUUACCUGGAGGAUUUCCCUGGCCUCAUUCAUUUUAUUUGUGUGGACCGAUCAAGUGGCCAAAUGAUUGCUCCAUCGCUCACCAUUACAGAGCGCAACACAUCGGAGCUAGGGAAGGGACCAGUGGCUCACUAUAUCAAAAACAAGGUGUGGGGCCUUGUCAGGACAACACGCCACUAUCUUCAGAAAGGCUACUCUACUGUCACGUUGCGUGAUGGAGAUUUCUUUUUCUGCUACUUCCUGUGGUUUGAAAAUGAAACGGGGUACAAGUUAGAGGCAGGAGACAUUCCCAUCUUACCUGAUGACUCUGCCCCCAUUGGGAUGCUUGCCUGGGACUACUACAGGAAGCUACUUCGAUACUACAGUAAGAACCACCAGGGUGAGGCAGUGAAGUGCUACGAGCUCUUGACGGUACAUCUGGGGGUCAUCCCUACUGAGAUCAUCCUCCAGCACUGCAGACAGCUAGCAAGCAAACUGUGGGAGCCCUCACGCAAUCCGCUGCUGUAAACAGACCCACAUACUUAGACUGAGUGGGAGAUACUCAUUUGUUGUUUAUUAAAAAAACAAAACAAAACAAGGAUCUCACUCUCAACUUGUUUUUUUUAUUAGUCUCACAAUACUGUCAGAAAUAUGAUCAAGCAUGAAUUUUAUUUAUGUGACAGAGUUCUUCUUUAUAAUAAAUAAUUUUAUGGAAAAUGUCA